AACUUCCUGGCGGUCGAUGUGAUGGGCGAUCUAGUAUUUGACGAACCGUUCGGAUGUCUCGACAGCGGCGGAUACAACCCUUGGGUUGAAAUCAUUUUCUUAGGAUUUAGACUUGAUUCAUAUAUGCAAGCAACAAAGCGACAUCCCUGGACGAUGCCAUUCAUGAAGUUCCUUCUGCCGCACGAUCUGAUCCGGAAACAGCUUGAUCGCCAGAAAAUGAGCUUCGAACAAGCGAAGCAAUGCGCGGAGCUUGGUUCCAAAGAUCGUCCUGACUUGAUGUCCUAUGUGCUGUGUGCCAACCAGGAGCAACGGCUAACGUUGGACGAGAUGCCGAGAAAAUGCCAACCUGCUCAUCGUCGCUGGCAGCGAGACUACAGCAACAUUGCUGGGUGGCACAACCUUCUGGCUGCUCAAGAGCCCAAAAGCGUACCAGAAGUUGAUCCAGGAGACCCGAAAUACUUCCAAACGGGAAUCAGACAUUACCAUGCAGAAGGUAUCGCAGCUUCUGUUUCUGCUUGCCUCGCUCAGAGAAGGCCUUCGCAUGUACCAUCCUAUUCCUUCUGGUGUUCCACGAGGCGUUUUAGACGGAGGCUCCUUUGUCGAUGGUAUUUGGCUGCCUGAACAGGUAUCA